UGGGAGAAUAUUUUGCUUUAUCCAUUUCAGAAAUAGUUGGACCACCAGCGACAUUGGUUAAAUCAUCCAGAGGAGUAUUUUUUAUACAGUUAAAGGAGAACUGUUUCCCAACGAACAGAUAACUACAUUUUUUAUAAAGAACCAAAUUCCUCGAUAAUGUCUUUAGUUAUUAAUGAUUUGUUUCCCGCAAUCAUUAGUAUCGCUGAUGAUUCACCUUUAUUACAAAACCAGCAGGAAAUCCUUGAAGACGAUGAAUUAAAAAUAUUACUAAGAUCUUGGAAUGUUGAACACAUGUACACAUGUCUUAAGGAGGAAAAUAUCGACGUGAAUAUAUUGAAAAUUUUGAAGUUUGACCACUUGAAAGAGAUUUUGCAAACUUUCAAAAUUGGUGACCGAAUCUUAUUUGAAUUCAACUUCGAAAACUGGAGAAACCAGAUUAAUAAACCUCUGCACUUUCACGCUUCCGUUAGCACUGCGUCGCCUAGUUGCUCCGCUAAUUUUUCCUCAGUAAGAUCUAGAUCGCCUGCUUCCAGCCCUACCACUGGUUCCAAUUCGCAAGAUUUCGAGGAAAACGCUUUUGUUGCACUUGCAACAAUUUUACACGCAGAUAUUAAGUCGUUACAUGUAAAAGAUUUUUAUAAAUGUAACAACAGACUUGACGACGCUCAUAGAAAUGUACUCAUCAAUAUAAUUGUAACCUACUACAUUGCCAAAAACAUUCACAUGUCACUUCAAGUAAGCCACUACCUGGAGAAUGAAAUCCUAAGCCUUUUUCCAAAUGAAAAGCUGAACUUCUACAGAACCGAAAAGAGAGGAAAACUGUAUACCAAAUAUUGCUACUUAAAAAAAAGUUUCAAAAACCGUUUGUCUAUAAUUCCUGUACCUGAAGAAAAUACCAAAGCUGAUAAAAUUGCUCGCGAUGAUCAUGCAGAAGAAAUCAUACAGCAUCUUAAAUACGACAAUUUGACAGCAGAAGAAUUCGAAAGCUGCUGGCAGGCCAGUGCAAAUUAUAGAAUUCAUCAAAUAAAGGAAAAAUUUAAUAGCAUUCAACAAGUUUUCGUAGACUGGCCAGAGUAUAAAAAGCCGAACGGAUAUCGAUUGAUUGAUCUAGACUUUGGUACGAUUUUUCCCAAUCAUGAUAAUUUUCUUGUUGACUGGAAGCAAAAAGUUUUGAAGCUCUUUUUACAUCUUAAGAGAAGUAAGUGCUUAAAGGACGGUGCCACAAAAAUCAUUAUCAGCUCUAUGUCUGAAGGGGAUUUAGAAAAAGGUAUGAUUUUAUGA